CACAAUAAACCAGAGUUGACCCUGAGCUUUAGUAAAUCAAGUGCCGCCUUGAAAUUUAGUUGACCCCUACGUUAGAGGUCUUUUGGCCAACAACAUACUUGACUCUAAAUCCCCCUUGAGAAGAUACAAGACUGUGUCCAAAUUGACUUACCACACAGUAACUCGCUAUUUUUAUCCACAGUUAGCUAUGGAUAAUGACACUUCCUUAGGUACGAUCACAAUGGACAUUUUCUGCCGGCUGCGCAAAACAAAACAUUUUUAGCAUGGCCGGAUAUUGAGUCCCGUGUGAGUAGCAACGGCUAGUGCUGCUGCAGUGUACUCUGUGACUGCAUUUAAAUUAAGAUCUAAAGUAAAGAAUGUCUCAUACCCGUGACUCCCAUGCCCAGAGUACCUCCUUGGCCCUCCGGACCACCAUUCAGGGAAUCCGGAUGAAAUUCCCCACGGUCAAGCUCGUUACAACGUCGACCCUGCAGAAGUGGAUGGAUGGGGUGGAAAACACCGACAUGCCGGACAGUGCGGCCAGCACGGCGGGAAAACACAGCAAGUUGAUUGUUAUUGAUGCAAGACCAGAUUUGGAGUACGGCAUCAGUCACAUUGCCAAAAGCAUCAACGUCAACUUCGAGACGGAGGACAUGGAGAGCGUCAAGAUACUCAUGAUGCAAGAAGCCAACUGCCAGUCCCCAGAGCAGGUUGCGGCCAGAGUUGUCCUGUACUGCUCAGUGGGCUACCGAUCCUCCGUGCUGGCCGAUAAACUACAGAAAGCAACCAAGCCUGACCCGGCGUAUAAAUAUUGGAAUUUCUUCAACUUAGAGGGCAGUAUUUUCAAGUGGGCCAAUGAGAACAAGCCAUUGGUGGACCAGCAGGGUCAGCCGACCAAUUACAUUCAUCCCUUCAACAGCCUUUGGGGGAAACUCGUUGACAAAGAACGCUGGAAGUCUACCCUUUAAAGAACUACAAAUUUUGUUACCAAAAGCCAACUCUGUGGAGCUGCUAAGCACAUAAUGAUUCUGCUUAGAAACAAGUAAAGGCCCGUCUCCAUUCAUAUCCGAGACGAGUUCCAGACAAGUUGUGGACAUUGUGUCGGGCCUUACCAACCUGAAAAUUCUGAUGUAUGUAUGUUCUUGACUUGUUCCCAAUUUAUUUUUUUUAUAUUUUCGCUCAGCUGGAAGAUCUUUUAAGCAAAUAUGUUGUGCUAAGCACAUGUUUGCCUUUGUGCCAAGCAACUCCAUAGCUUUGGCCGUAAGUGGUUUCGUUCUUACUAAACCUGUACUGUUACAUCAUGUCUUUGAUGCUGUAAUUUCAUUGGUCUAGAAAGGCACUUGGCCAUUCCAUAAAUAUAACCGUUUUCUUACAUUGCAUAUAAAUUACUGCGUUUAUUAUUGUUAUUAUUAUUUAUUCGGCCAAAAAAUGAAACAAGUACAAUAUGGAAUUUUUAGGGCAGCAAGCCCUCAGACAGUACUGAAUAUGCAGUUCUAAUAAAUUUGUUGAUAAAGAAGGGCAAACAAACAAAGAAUUUACAUUGGCAAGCUCCCCCAAAAUCUAGUCAUUGAAAAACAGUGAUUGCUUGUGGUUCCCCCUGCUGCAGACCGGCCUGAGCAAGCUAUCAUGGCACACGCACAGACGACCUCUUCAUAGGUGAACGCACAAGCUCAAGUAUUUGUUCAGAUAGUCCGUCAAGGGACAGUUCCAAAUAAUAGCUGGCUCAGUGCUUUGGCUAUUGAUGAUAAGGGUCACUGCACUGUGAAUUUACAAGUGAUAACAUGCUCAGUCUGUGACCUCUCGCCACAAAAUGAGCUUUAAGUCGUAAAUUAUCAGUUUGCAGUACGGUGGGGCGAAGCCAACAUUUUAAAGGGUGGUCGAUUGUUUGUUUGAAGGUAAACCUUGAUCUCUAAGUCAUGUUUCACCUCCAAUUCUUGUUUGUUCCGUCAAAAAACUUUAACCAAUUUCAUCCCUUUAGUAUAAGUUGACUGUUCAUUCACUGUCACACAACUGCAGGAUUUGUAAAUGCCAUUUUCUCAGGAAUCAGUUUUACAACUUCAAGUACAUUUUGUAAGUUCGUGUUCUAUAUUUUCAUUACCGAACUCAGUACCCCAUAAUGUUGCAUACCAUUGGAAAGCUCUUGUUCUGCAGAAUCCAGAUAUAUAUAAAUAUUUCGUUUCUUAAAAAGUCCAACUUUAAGCUCACUUUGAGAUGACAGGUCACAUUUCGUCUAUAUCCGAUUCAUUCGAACCAGCCAGCUGACCCUGGCAAGUGUGGUGGUGGAGUGGCAAGACAAGUAAGCAGGAGGUGGUGGGUUCGAGUCCCGUUUGUGUUGAUGAAGGGUGAAACUGAAAUACAAUAUUGAAUCAUUUUUAUUUUUGUGAAUGAGCAUAUAAACGGUAGUGGGAGUGUGUUAAAUGAGACUUGUUUAUUUUGUCAUAUAUUCUCAGAAGCAAACUUGUUAUAUCAUGCAUGGCAUGCUAAUUCUAAAUUCGGAUUUUCUAUUAUUUAAUUUCAGUCAUUGAGCAGCUCAUGAAUAUUUCUAAAUUUUAAUUUGUAGAUAUAUUUUUAAAGAUAAAAACAAUAGUUUUGAUGUUCAAACAGUGUAUGCUUGAAAUACCUUUAAAGGGAAAAGAUAAUAUUUGCAAACAUAAAAAAAUAAACCUACCAAAUUAUUUUGAAA